UUAUAUGAAAGGAAAGGAAUAAAGGCCUAAUUCCAAGAAAGCCCUUCAGGAGGGGGAGGGCUCCAAUCAUCAUCUUUUCAAGCGCCGCCCUCUGACGACUCCUUUCCUUCUCUUCCUCGACGCCUCCACGCUUCCUCUCCUUUCUCUCAGGAUCAAAAGAUGGCUGGAAAAUCUAACAAGGCCAAAAACAAGGGGAGAGCCGUGAAUUCCAAUCCUGCUGAUUCUUUGGAAUCAGAAUCAAAGCCACUUACUUCAUCAUCCUCGAAUGCUGGUGCUGGUGCUCUGAUAGCAUCUAAUGGUGAUGCCAGCGGAAUUCAAGACACAAGCAGUAAGUCCCCUGCGGCAAAUGUGGCUAGUGGUGAUAAGGCAGAGAUGGCAAAUCCUUCAGCAACAACAUCCAAGGAAGCUGGAGGUGAGCUUCACCUUUACCCUGUUGCUGUCAAGGCACCAGCUGGGGAAAAGCUAGAAUUACAGCUAAGUCCAGGAGAUUCUGUGAUGGAUGUCAGACAGUUCCUUCUUGAUGCUCCAGAGACCUGUUUCUUUACUUGCUAUGAUUUGAUUCUACAUACUAAAGAUGGCUCAGUGCAUCAUUUAGAGGAUUACAAUGAAAUGUCUGAAGUUGCAGAUAUCACAACUGGUGGUUGCACCUUGGAGAUGGUUGCUGCAUUAUAUGAUGAGAGAUCCAUAAGGUCGCAUGUCCGCCGUGCACGAGAAUUGCUUUCUCUUUCAACUCUUCAUCUCUCAUUAUCUACACUGCUAGCUUCACAUCAUGAGACUGCACAGCAAAAAACUUCAGAUGUGAAAACAGAAACUCCAGAUGGGUUAGGUUUCAUGGAGGACAUUACUGGUUCCCUCCACAAUUUGGUGACACCAACGCCAAAUGAGAUCAAAUGUGUGGAAAGCAUUGUAUUUUCUUCUUUCAACCCUCCUCCAACUUACAGAAGGCUAGUUGGAGAUCUGAUUUAUAUUGAUGUAGUAACAUUAGAAGGAAAUAAAUUUUGCAUCACGGGGACCUCAAAAGCUUUUUACGUGAAUUUUAGCACAGGGAAUAUAUUAGAUCCAAGGCCAUCAAAGCCUGCUUAUGAAGCAAGUACCCUAAUUGGUCUGUUGCAAAAAAUCAGCUCCAAGUUCAAGAAAGGUUUUCGUGAAAUAUUGGACCGAAAAGCUUCUGCACAUCCUUUUGAAACUGUUCAAUCCCUGCUGCCACCAAAUUCAUGGUUGGGACACUAUCCCAUUCCAGGUCAUGAAAGGGAUGCAGCCAGAGCAGAGGAUGCCUUCGCUCUUUCCUAUGGAAGUGAACUAAUUGGCAUGCAGAGAGACUGGAAUGAGGAGUUACAAUCCUGUCGGGAAUUUCCUCAUAAUACUUCACAGGAAAGGAUACUACGUGACAGGGCUCUUUAUAAAGUGACAUGUGAUUUCGUCGAUGCAGCAAUUAAAGGUGCAAUUGGAGUCAUCAACAGAUGUAUACCCCCUAUUAAUCCAACUGAUCCAGAAAGUUUCCAUAUGUAUGUACACAAUAACAUAUUCUUUAGUUUUGCUGUGGAUGCUGACCUUGGGCAGAUCUCAAAAGAUCAAGCAUUGACUGUUAAGUCAAAAUCUGGGCAUGGUACUGACAACUGCAAUGAUGUGACCUCACCCAAUUUAUUGGCAAAGACAUCAGGUAAUACAUUUUGUGGGACCUAUGGGGACUCCAGACCAUGCAUGUCUAUGAGCCACAACACUGAACAAUUUCGAAAUGUUUCAGAUCAUACUUCUGAUACAUCUGCUGAGGCACAGAUUUCUGACAAUGAGCAAGCUACAUAUGCUUCUGCAAAUAAUGACCUGAAAGGAACUAAAGCUUACCAGGAAGCUGAUGUUCCUGGACUUUAUAAUCUUGCUAUGGUUAUAAUUGAUUACAGAGGUUACAGAGUGGUAGCACAGAGCAUUAUCCCUGGCAUCCUUCAAGGGGAUAAAUCGGAUUCCCUUCUAUAUGGUUCUGUUGACAAUGGCAAGAAAAUUUGUUGGGAUGAAUCGUUUCAUUCCAAGGUAGUAGAGGCUGCUAAGCGCCUUCAUUUGAAGGAACACGCUGUUAUGGAUGGAUCUGGCAAUGUUGUCAAAUUGGCUGCUCCGGUGGAAUCCAAGGGUAUCAUUGGGAGUGAUGACAGGCACUAUCUUUUGGAUCUGAUGAGGGUGACUCCGCGUGAUGCAAAUUAUAGUGGACCUGGACUCCGAUUUUGUGUUUUGAGGCCUGAACUUGUUGCUUCCUUUUGUGAGGCUGAAGCAGCAGAGAGUUCACACUCUAGACCUGAAAUUGCAGGAGAGGUCUCAGAGACACCUGAUUCUCGAAGUUCCAGUUCUCAUGUGAUGGGAACACCUGUAGAAGUGCAGACAAAAGCUGGUGAGGAAUGUGCUUCUGCACCUGCCGAAGCUCAGACACCAGGCGAAGAUAUACUUCUGAAUCCAAAUGUCUUUACUGAGUUCAAGCUGGCAGGCAGUCAGGAGGAUAUUGCUGCAGAUGAAGCAAUUGUGAGGAAGGCUGCUUCAUAUCUUACAGAUGUGGUUCUUCGAAAGUUCGUUCAAGACCUCUGCUCCCUUGAGGUCUCACCCAUGGAUGGCCAGUCAUUAACUGAUGCACUCCAUGCUCAUGGGAUAAAUGUUCGCUAUCUUGGAAAAGUUGCUGACAUGGUCAAACAUUUACCUCACCUGUGGGAUAUAUGUUCCACCGAGAUUGUUGUUAGGUCAGCAAAACAUAUUUUAAAGGAUAUGCUAAGGGAAUCACAGGAUCAUGAUGUCGGGCCAGCAAUUGCACAUUUCUUCAAUUGUUUUGCUGGAAAUAUUUCACCUGUUGGCACAAAAGGCUACGCUAACAAUUCACAGUCAAAAACUCUAAAGAAGGGCCAAGAGAACCAUAAAACUCCAGAUAAUUCUGGAAAGGGGCAAAUGAGGUGGAGACAUGGAGCAUCAUCUAAAAAAGGUCACUCAGCACAUUUGCUCUUGACAUCUGAAGGACUUUGGUCUAACGUUCGGGAAUUUGCUAAAUUCAAAUAUCAGUUUGAAUUACCAGAUGAUGCAAGGAUACGAGUAAAUAAGGUUGCAGUCAUUCGUAAUUUGUGCCAAAAGGUAGGAAUAACAAUUGCUGCACGCAAAUUUGAUCUUGAUUCUUCAGCACCAUUUCAAACCUCGGAUAUUCUAGAUCUCCAGCCGGUUGUGAAGCAUUCAGUUCCAGUGUGCUUAGAAGCAAGGAAUCUCAUGGAAUCCGGGAAAGCCCGACUGGCUGAGGGAAUGCUAAAUGAAGCCUACACCCAAUUUUCUGAAGCAUUUUCUAUACUUCAACAAGUAGGCUUUUUUCAUUCCUUUUACUUCUCUUUGGAUUUCUCAUCUAGAGUUUUGUGUAACUUGAUCUGCCAUGGUUUUCAGAUUACAGGUCCUAUGCACCGCGAUGUUGCUAACUGCUGCCGCUAUCUUGCAAUGGUUCUAUAUCAUGCUGGUGACAUGGCAGGAGCUAUCGUGCAGCAGCACAAAGAACUAAUCAUAAAUGAGCGUUGUCUUGGUCUAGACCAUCCUGAUACUGCACACAGCUAUGGAAACAUGGCUUUGUUCUACCAUGGCCUCAAUCAGACUGAACUUGCUCUGCGGCAUAUGUCUCGAACAUUGCUCCUGCUAAGUUUGUCAUCAGGGCCGGAUCAUCCUGAUGUUGCAGCAACUUUCAUAAAUGUUGCUAUGAUGUACCAGGAUAUCGGGAAUAUGAAUGCUGCACUCCGUUAUUUGCAAGAGGCACUAAAAAAGAAUGAGCGGCUCCUUGGCCCUGAGCAUAUUCAAACUGCUGUGUGUUACCAUGCUCUUGCCAUUGCAUUUAACUGUAUGGGUGCCUACAAACUUUCUAUUCAGCACGAAAAGAAAACUUAUGAUAUACUUGUUAAGCAACUUGGGGAGGAGGAUUCAAGAACACAAGAUUCAGAAAAUUGGAUAAAGACAUUUAAAUUGCGCGAGCAGCAGGCAAAUGCACAGAAACAAAAGGGGCAGGUGGUGAAUACAGCUUCUGCCUUAAAGGCUAUUGAUGUUUUGAAGGCAUUCCAAGCUGCGGCUGGGGGUUCUGGAAACGCCAGUUCAUCAUCAGUCAAUAAAUCUCUUAUUGGGGAGUCUCUUCCUCGGGGUAGGGGUGUUGAUGAACGAGCAGCUCGUGCAGCGGCAGAAAUGCGGAAGAAAGCUGCAGCUAGAGGCCUCCUUGUACGCCAGAAUGGUGUCCCUGUCCAAGCUCUGCCCCCACUGACACAGCUCCUCAACAUCAUCAACUCUGGUGCUACUGCUUCUGAAGCUCAACCAAAUGCCCAGGCAAAUGAACCCAAGAGGGAGGCAAGCAAUGGCUCCACCUUGAAUGGGACUUCAGUUGCCACGAAGGAUGCUGAUGGAUCAGUUGAGAACCGUGAUGAUCAAGGUCCUGUCGGGUUAGGAACUUCUUUAGCUUCGUUGGACUCCAAGAAGCAAAAACCAAAACCAAAGGCUACAGCUUGAGGAAGGAAAUGGGGGCGUUUUUAUCAGUUAGGCUACAUAGCCCACAGUUUUGAACAUGAAUGUGAUUUUUAAGGAUCACCCAACUCUUUUGCUUCAUAUGGGGGUAAGUUGAUGAUAAUAAGUGAGGAUUUUCAUUCACAGCCAUAAAGAUUUUCAUAGGAUGGCAGCAACUGGAGUCAUGAACAUCCGGAUUAGAUGCAGAAGUUGGUUCGAGCAUGUUUUAUCAAUGACUUUCUCGAGUUUGGAUGCUUUCGAUCCUAACGAACAUCUAUACUCCAGUUGCCAGUAUGGACAAACUUAGGUUUCAUUUAGAAUAACUGGUUGCUCGGCCCUUUGAAAUCAACAAGGCAGAUGCAGCAACCAUAGUGCCUUUUUUCUUCAUACAGGCGACUUUACUUCCUAGAUGAUGUAUUUGUAUGAUAUGUCUGAAGAGCACGGCCUGGUAAGGCCUUCGAACUUGUAAAACAUGGGAUAUAGGCCAGUUCAGCGGUUCCGGAAAAAAAUAAUUAAUUCAGAAAUGCUCUCUCUUAUUAGUCUUUUUA